CAUGGGGAAAUACGAUAACAACAAAAACAAUGAAAUUUAACAGAAAAUUCGUCGAUUAUAAAUAAAAAUUAAAAAUGGAAGUGUUUAGAUCAGAAACAUUUUAUAUAUUUGUUCGAAAUGAGUCGAGUCUGUGGUGGAAUCGCGUAACUGGUGCAUUUUCCGUGCGUUCAGCAUGGGAUCUAUCAGACAUAGAAGACAUCGAGUGCUUAGGUAUUACAGAAGGUAUUAUUGGCAAAGUAGAGCAUUCAAAUAUCUACGAACCGAGGCUUAUGAUCAUAAGGGAGAGUGUUCCAGUGGGCCAAAUCUAUUUCCACCACACAAUAUAUAAAAUAAAAUCAAUAUGCUUUCUCAAUUUGGGUACUUCAAAUCAAGAGUUAGAACUAUGCCCCUGUACGAAACAUGGCUCUUCAACUUCAAUGAGUAGUUCCAGCAAAUCUGUGAAUAGAAAAAUGGGUGCAAGGUUAUUUGAAAAUUCUGCGUUUUUAAAUAAAACUGUAGGUGCUGUGAAAAAUGUCAGUAAUACCAUUAAAACUACAACGCAACAAGCUGCAACUCAGGUAAAACAAACAGUCAAAAAGCAACGGGAGGUGAAACUAGAUGAGCGGUUUGAAAAACGCCUAACUGAUGAACUCCAUAAGAUAUUUGAUGACUCAGAUAGUUUCUACUAUUGCCGGACCCUGGACCUCACAAAUAGUUUACAAAGACAGUAUGAAAUUGAAAAGUUACUUGAAACUGAGGAAGGUACCGGAAAACCUAUCAGUGAUUUAACACGAUGGUGGAAAUAUGUUGAUGAUAGAUUCUUCUGGAACAAAUAUAUGCUGAAAGAUAUUGUAGCUUUAGAGAGUCCCAGUUGCGAUGAGUGGGUGCUCCCAAUUAUACAAGGAUACAUUCAUUUAUCCCAAAUUGCCUGUGAGCCACCAGAUGUUAAUCCAUUGAACACAGAGUCAUUGUCAAGUACCAGUUCCUGUGAUGAGACGUUUACCCUAGGUCUUAUUUCUAGGCGAUCAAGAUACCAGGCUGGGACAAGGUACAAUCGUAGAGGCAUAGAACCCACCGGUCGAGUCGCGAACUAUGUGGAGACAGAACAAAUCGUAUCCAUUGUGUGCUCUGACAGCAUUCACCGGGCCUCAUUUGUCCAGGUGCGAGGAUCCGUGCCUAUAUUCUGGAGCCAACCGGAAUACAAAUUCAGGCCGCCUCCGCGGUUAGAUCGAACCGAAGAAGAAUCCCACGCGGCGUUCAAGAAACACUUCGAGGAGGAGCUGAAGAUAUACAAGCAGGUGUGCAUCGUGAACUUGGUGGAGCAGCAGGGGAGGGAGAGGAUCAUAUGGGAGGCGUACGGGAACCACGUGCUGAAGUACAACAGUCCAGAUAUUAUAUACGCCACGUUUGAUUUCCACGAGUAUUGCCGCGGCAUGCACUACGAGAACGUCAGCAUACUGAUAAACGCAAUCGCCGACGUCAUAGACGAGAUGCGCUUCUGUUGGCGCGACGACCGCGGCCUCAUCUGCGGCCAGACGGCGAUCGCUAAGCUAGUUUUGGAACUGCAACUGCGCCGUUUGGGUCUCGGUAGUGGGGGGCUCCCCGCACCAUUGAGGCAGGCCUUCCUGGCCAUGUGGGCGGACAGCGGUGACGUCAUAUCCAGACAAUACGCUGGCACUAAAGCACUAAAGGGUGAUUACACGCGAACCGGUGAAAGGAAACUAACAGGGAUGAUGAAAGAUGGCGUCGCUUCAGCCAAUAGAUUCAUCAUCCGCCAUUUUAACGACGCCAUGACACAAUGUGCCAUAGACAUAGCGCUCGGUCAACAGAUCAAUAUGGCGGCCAUAGAGGAAUUCGACAGCUUUUGGCGCGAUUUAAAAACAGCAUCCUUAAUGGUCGUCGAAAAUAUGGAUAGUGAUAUUCCAAAGUUAGAAAUGAUGCCCACAUACUUUGGACACGGUUUGACGAAUGAGUUAUUGGGCGCCGAAAUUGCGUUUGGAGUGGGGAGAUACUACCUGUCGACGUUCAAAGACGCGCUACGGCAAGUGGCGAUAGACGUGAUGACCGGCGAGUCGCGCACCAUCCCCGAGCAGCUGAUGGUGCCCGACUGCACCAAGUGCACUACGGUGAAGGUGCUGGUGUUCAAUCAAGAGCAACCAGCGCCGAGUACGGAAGCGAUGGCGCAACACGUCAAGUCCUUAAUCGACGACUGUAAGAAACUGCUGGUGGACACGGAACCUAUACUGGGCUCUUGGGGGCUUAUUGAUGCUGAUCCGCAUACCGGCGACCCGCACGAGACGGAGAUGGACAGCGUGCUGGUGCUGACGGGCGAGGCGUACUACGUGACGGACUACGACGAGACGUCCGACCGGCUGCUGUCCGUGCAGCGCGUGCCGCUCGCGCACCUCGCCGCGCUCGAGCUGGGCCCGCUCGACGCCAGCUCUAACAUAUUCAGCGUGGGCCGCAAGAGCACAGCGGACCCGGUGUACUGCAUCCGCGUGAGCUACACGUACAACGGCGAGCCGGGAUACUUCCACAUGUUCAGGUCGACCACGCUGAGGUUCUUCAACAAUAUGGCGGUCGUGAUUAAUACUAGGGAUGAGAUGAUUGAAUCUCUACAUUCCAUAUGCGAGUCGAUAAUGGUGGCUCGGGAUAUAGCAAAACUACCACCGAUACCAUUCCACGACGGUGUUAAAUUGGAGAGAAGAAAAUCUAAGGUACAUCCAAUACAUGCAUCUGCGGGUGGUGCAAGAUCGUCACUAUACCUAGAUCUGUCCAGGCUCCCUACGUUGACUAGGAACGUCAGUGAGACCCAACUGGUCGCGGAUAUACGAAGCGUCGGAUCCAAAGCCCUAACCAAUAUGUCAGAGCAAUUCAGCAAACUAAACAAACUGAGUCACUCACUGAACGCCCGCGCACGUCCGAGCCUACAACUAAAGUUCGACCAAAACGCCGCCCGAACAAGGAAAAUAUUCACGCUGGGCCAAAACAAACAAGACACAAAGAAAAAAGGAAGCCUAUCAGACGGAAUGAGCUCAGAUUACUCCAGCGACGAUGAAAACAGAACAAAUAUAUUCGAGCCCACCUUGGACAAUUACGAAAAUAUGCAGCACUACAUCGGCGAUCAACAGAAAAAAGACGAAACCGACUGCGAAUUGAUCGAGAACCCAUUGUAUUCUUCCAAAAUAGAACCCCAUGACGAAGCCCCCGCCGUUGCCACGCCAAGCAAACAGAUGCUCAAAACUCCAAUCAGUACGAAGAAAAAUCCAUUCGACAACGAGAAUAUAACGCCCGAAAUCCAAAUCGAAGCGGACUAUAAACCAACGCCACCGAACUCGCUAUUAUUGAACCAGAAAUUAUCGCAGAGCUCGAGCCACAUCAACUUCGAUGAAACGCAGAAGAGUCCGGAGGGGGUCAAUUACCAUGUCCGCUCGAAUUCUCAGCACGAAAUCACGUUGAAUAUAGCUACCUCUCAUAGCGAGUCUGCGAUAAGACAGCUGAAGAGCAUCGCCAGUCCAGUUUCUAGCGCUACCAGGGAUAUGGUGCUCUCUCCUUUGUCUAAGUUGGCUAAAGGUGUCCAGAGUCUUGGGGCUAACCUAGAUCCGAGGAAAAUUAAGGGGUCAGCAGGAGUGAAACAUAUAAGCGACCAACAAUAUGAAGAGCACAGAAAGCUGCAGGAAAAGUGGCACGGUUGCAAUACUCGUCUCGUUGCACUUUAAGCCAUAGACUAUAGAGGUAAUGUCAUAGAGAAAUAUUGCGAUAUUUAUGAUUUUCUAUAGUCUCGAUUAGUUAAAUUGUAAUAUAGAUGGUAAGAAAAAAAAACAGAAGUUUUUGAAGAUUUUAUUCCUGUAGGUAUGUCUAUUUCAUCGACUUUAUUUUGAAACUCAAUGACGAAAUUUAUGACACAUAUAUCAUCUAGUUACUAACCAACUGACAACUUAAAGGACAUACAUUAAAAUAAAUAAAUUGUGUUAAAAUUUUAUUACCUACGAUAGAAUAUAUUUAAAUAAAUAUAUAGAAGUGAUGUUACAAAUAGAACCAGCCAUAUUUAGUUUGAUCUUUAUGAAUAUACAUUUUAAAAGUUACCCAAAGAGCUUUACACGAAAUACGCCUUUACCAAUAAUUAUAAAAGUGAAAGUGUGUUUGUUUGUUUGUCCUACUUUACGUCGCAACCGAGUAGUUUUGUGAUAUGAUUUUUGUGUCUGGGGAAUGUUAUGAGGCUAUAGCUCCUACUAUCUAGCUACUUUUAUCGCCGAUCUGAUACCCAUGGAAGGAUUUUGUAUGUUAAAAAAUUUUUUUAUUCCGAUAUAUGGCGCUAUAUUAAAAAAGUGACAUGUAUGACAGUUGUAGAAUUUAUCUUACCACGUGGGUGUAUCAACGGGCAACACCUAGAUUUAUAUAAAUGUAAUAUUUCUCAAUGACAACAACGUAUAGGUGUAAAAGUGCUUAGUUCAAUUAUAGCUGUAGAUUCCAGUAUCGAUAAUUGUAUUAGGAAAAUGCUUAAAUAUUUGAAAUAUUAGUUUUCGGCGCGAGUUAAUCGAAAUGAUAUAUGGGGUCGGUUAACUAAGAAAUUAUUUAGAGUUAUGUAAGAAUUCAUUGUAUAAUGGAAAAAAAAAGCAUGAUUUAUUGAUUAAUUAUUAAAGAGACACAUAAAUCAAUUUCAAAAUCAAAUAACGGUAAAUCUGUAAUACUCGAAAUAUAAAAUGGAAUUUAAAACAAAAUUUUAAUAAUAAAAUUUAUUGCUUUUUUAUUAUAAUUUAUGUACGUAUUUGUCCCGCCUAAUGUCCAAACUUAGUUGAAUGUAGACAAAGCUUUGCAUUAAGCCGACUUGCAGGGUCUGUAGGGUAGAAUCGCUUUAGGAUCUAAACAAGUAAUGAUAAUCAGGAUUUAGAAAAAGCUCAAUCUAGAUAAAACCCACACGAUGUUACUUCCAUUAAGUAAAAGAUAAAUAACAACUAAUAUAAUAUCCUUCUUCCAUGAAUGUAAUUGUAUAAUUAAAGUAAAUACAAUAAGGGUUAAGGAUGAAUUAAAGGAUGGUCAAUACAAUUACAUCUAUCUCUUUCUAUCGCUAAGAUAUUACCUUUUCUAGAGUGAGGUAGACUGCAUAUUGUCGCACUCUCAGCUCGAAUAAUUACUAGUCCUUUUCAUUAAAUUCAAAUAUUAUCCAUUACAAUUCGUAAUUCUACCAUAGACCAUUCUGUUAUUAAAAGAUAUCUAGAGUUAUGUGCGAGGUGAAACCCUAUAGAAAAGUUCAAGGAUUUGAAAUUUAUAAGUAAGAUGCAACAAUAAUAAUACCCUCACAGCGGUAAUUUAAGUUAAACUUAAGAACUGAUUAAAGUUUAGUUUUAGCUCACUCAAAUAAUACUUAAAUUUCGAGUGAUAUUCUAUGUUGAGUUUGCAGUCGGCCAAACAAUUAAUAAACAUUCCUGUAUACUUGAAUGACUAUAUUUCCCAUUGAAUGUGUAACAUUUAUUGUAAUUUGUGGUACAAUAAUUAAUAAUAUUUUACUCCUAAUAAGUAGUCCAAUGGCGCAGUAUUCAAUGAAAUAUUUGUUUACCAGCAAAUUGGUAACUAUUUAAUAAUUGAAACAAGAUUAUAUUUAUAGUUUAAUGACUAUUUCGCAAAUGUUCCACAAACUGAUUGUGUAAUAUAUUUUAUUUUGAUUAAAGCGUCAGAUCACACAUGAAAUAUAUAUCUACAUAGCUUCAAAUGACUGAAUUUAACUGAAUCACUAUGAGAUAAGAUUCACACCAAUUGCAAUAUUAUUCUACUAUCCAAAACUUUAGGACAUAGAUCAGUUAUUUACAGUAGAAUCACCAGCUGUAGCUGUGUAAAAUUAAAAAAAAAAAGCAAAAACUUUUUACCUUUUUACGAUAAUCACUUUGCUUUUGAAUCAAAUAUCCAUCUAGAUUUAUACUCACCACUGAUACUAGAUUAUUCACAUAAUCAUCCAUUAAUUUGUGACUUAAUAACUGCGACUGUUUUAAAAAUUUCUACAAAUAUUGAAAUAUGUGUUUGAUUGCUCUAGAACGCUGGUGGGAUACUACGAUGUCUUAAAGCUGCACUAAUUCUAAAAAAGUAAAGUAAGGAAUGUGAUGGCGCUAGACGACAUAUAUCGCUCUCUCUCUCUUUUUUCCACACUGGAAUACGUCCUGCUUUAAGACGUCACGGAAACCGCCCAGUAUUUCUUUUUUAACAGUAUUAUAGGACAAUAGACUCUAGAUCUCGAAUAUAAGUUCAAUUCUGAAAAUAUAUAAUGUACUUGGAAGAUUUAUUAGUCUUAAAUUGUUUUGUUAAAAAUUUAAAAUAGGUAGUUCUAUAAAUGAUACAUUAUACGCACUGCU